AUGGGCGUCACUCGAAGCAACGGGUGCUUGCUUUGUGUUAAGCGUCGAGUCAAGUGCGACGAAAGGGUACCCGGAUGCGCAAGAUGCGAGACUUAUGGGAGACCAUGUCCUGGGUUUGAUCGGGGCUUUCAAUUUGUUGCAGGGAAGCCAUAUCGUUCCCGACGACGUCCAAAGACAGAAGAAAGCAGCUCACAGGAUGAAACCAAUCCUGCGAGUGUCGAGUUUGACACAGACGUCGUGUCUCAGGCUGCCUAUCAGUUACAAACUCAAGCCUCGGGCCCUCUAUCACUAAUCUCUGCGGACUCCAACGUGCUGCAGGGCCUUGACAUCGUCCUCGAUGAAGUCUCCCAGCCCUACCAGUUAAACUCGGCCUAUGUCAUCUCUCGAUGGCUCCGGUUUCUUCCGGGUGUUUAUGGUCGCAAUCGGACUUUGGAUUCGGCCAUCAAGUGCUUUGUUUCUCAUCAUGUCGGGAAUGUGGCUAAGAACCAACAAGCGCUUUGGUAUGCUAGAUCCACGUACGUAGAGGCGCUGGCGAGGCUUCGGAACUCGCUAGAUAAUCCUGCCGAGGGGCUUUCGUCGGAGAUGUUUUGUGCCGUUUUGUUGCUGUGUAUGUACGAGGUGGGUGGCUUUCAAAUAACACUGCGUUGGACCAUGGCUGACUUGGUCAAGCUCUUUGCUAAUACGACUGACUCGGUGUCGUGGAUGAAACAUGCCCAGGCGCUGAGUCAAUUAACGGAGAUCAGGGGCUUUGGACGCUAUGUGAAUGAGUUUGACCUGACUUUGUUGAAGGCGUCUCGUGGGUUGAUUGUCAUGCAUUCCCUUUUCUCAGGCCAGAAAUGCUUUUUAACUUCGAGGAGCUGGCAUUCCGUGAUGGAGAAGCAUGUGAAUACUGGCUUGUUAGCCGAGCUAGACCGCCUGGUGGAAGAGUUCUUUGCCUUUUUCACCUUUGCGCCGAGUUUCAUACAUGAGCUUUAUGACCUGAAGCAAACAGAUCUAUCGGAUCCACGAGUGCAGCAGAGAAUUUCAAACCUUGCGACACGGUCUUUUGAUAUGAUAAACAAGGUGUCUGCUUGGUACGAGCAGUUUUCGACGACCGUUCCACUUCCAACCCAAGCACGGUCAUCAACAGGGGACAAGUUAUUUCCUAUCGUUCUCAUCUACUCCGACGUGAACAGCGGAACCCUCUUUUGCGGCUACUAUUCCUACAUGUUGCUUUUGCAUGAGAUCCUCAGGGCCUGUGGCUGUCCUGGUGAGCAUGCGGCUAUGGUGGUUCACUUCCGAGACCUGAUUUGUCAGUCAAUCGAGUAUAAUACUCGUGGAAUGCUGGGGCCGUAUCGAAUGGGAUUUUCAUUGCGCGCGGUGUACGAAACGGCCGAUCCUGUCACCAGGGCGUGGCUUGAGGGAUGGCUGGAACGACUUUCUAAAGCGUAUGCAGCGGUACAGCCUAGGAAUUUUGGGAUGGUCGACUGA